GUUGUGGUCACCGCUCCGGCGUCCUUCAGCUCGCGUUUGUUCUCCGGUCUCUUGGACUCACCUGCAGGAGACACACAUGCACGGGUCUCUUCCCAGUCAAGUGUGGACCGUGGAACGAGGGGUCGGUCACUGACCUCGAGGGAGUUUAGAAGCCAUGGCGAUCCCAGAGCCGCCCCUGAAUCACGGGAGCACAAGUGAGAAUGGAUCCAAUGGAUGUCGGCAGGAACGAUGAAAACGGGGGCGUCUCCAAACGUCGCAUUUCCUCGAUUUUAAAAGCACCUCGGAAGUCUGCGAUCUGUCCGGAUCCCGUGCAGCAGGAAUAUACGAUGGAACCGUGCAAGCCGGCGGAGAAGAGGAUUUCCCGGAGAGUCAGUUUCGCUCCAGCGAACGACGUUCUUCUCUUUUCAAAGGACCUGAAGAACUCCCCGGGCAGAAGUCCCCUGCAGGAGCUGAUGGCCACCACAGCUCCGACGCCACAGAACAGCAGCAGGGCCCAGGUGGUCGGCACUGAGGAAGCUCAUCAGCAAAUUAAAGGAAUGGAAACUCUGUUGAGCGGCUCUCUUCAUCACAGUCGUCACCCUGAGAAGUCAACCACUGAAGGCCUGGGAGAGAGGACCAUGAUCUACAGUAGCGACGAUGCAUUCAUGGACAUGACCCACAGUCACACCAUCAACAUCGCUCAUGUGGAAGACACCUUCUUGGACCCUCCUCAUGGGAGCAAGCCCACCUUCAGGGCCACGUCCAGCGACUUCACGCUUGCCCAAACUCCGAACUUGAGGGCAUCUGUCGGCGUGAACAUGGAUUUCUGUGCUUCACCGUCUCUUCCUGAGUUUGACUCUGACUUUAGAGACUUUCUAUCGAGUCUGUCCAAACCCAGUGGACCCAACGUUGUCCCUCACAUGACUCCGGCUGCAGCGACAUCUCAGGUGAAGGAUGUGAGCAAAGAGAAUCGGGCUCCGUUGGUGGUGAGCGGGUCGGUCCCCCCAGCCCAGCAGCAGGACUCUUCAUUCGGGAAGGCAGAGGAAGAAGACGAGCCUUUUGGGUUUCUGUUUCCACCCAAAGAAAGAUUGAAGGCGCAACGGGAAUCGGUGAGCGAGAAGACGGCGCCGCCGAAGAGCCACUCGGAGUAUGGUGCGACGCGCUCGACAGAGGUGACGUCCCUGAGGAAGUCCUCCACACCGGCUCCUGGUCUCAGCUCCAAGACCGACAGAGCGCUGGGCCUGACUCCGAACCACGCCGCCCCAGCCUCCUGGAGCGUUGACUCCGCUCUCUCCACGCUGAGCACCAGUUCUGACACCAGGACACCUGCCAAGCUUCUGCAGGCCGUCGACCCGAGCAGUGCUCUGAACAGCACCAGAGCAGCGGAGGACGCUCAUGAUGAUGAUGAUGGAGACCUGAGCAUGGAUCUGACUGAAGCACACACCGGCUACAUCUCUGAUGCCACGCUCCACCUUCUGCCCCAGCCAACUGGUGGGAAGACUGCAGUGAACGUGCUGAUGGAGACGGGCGUCUGCAUGUCUGUGUGUGAAGAAGCCCUGAAAAAUGAGGGCAAGGAGGAGCCCAGAGGUCACGCUGCAGAUCUCACCUCUUUGCUGUCACAGCAAAGCCAGACUGGUGCAGAGCUGCCGACAGGGGCCUUGGUCAAGGAGGUGGAGAUGGAAAUGACAGAGUGUCUGACCAUGAACGUGGAAACAGACCUAUUCCUGCAUUCUCUCCUUAACAAGGAUGGGGUGCAGGACCAUGGUCCCGGGAGGGCGGUCCGGGCAUCCCAGGAGACCCUCUGGGACCAGGAUGUGAGCAUGGCCCUGACGGUGCCACAGGCUGGAGGCAUCACUGAGCUGGAGCACAUGCCCAGACGAAGCCUCGGUGUGAGACACGCUCCUGUGGGAAGACAGAGUGGAGCUGCUGGAGAGCUGCUCUGCAAAGACUGGCAAUCCUCAGUUGAACCUUCCAGACCAGCAGCCGCAGAACAGAAGACCAGCGCUGACGACAGAGAGGGGACAGUGAGGUUCAGCGCGGAAGACGUGUGCAUGGAUGAGACCAGAAGUCACACCGCGAUCAUCACCGCUGACCUGCAGAACCAGAACCGGGAGCCUUCAGCCUCCGUCGGGGAGAAAACCAUCCAAUUCAACUGGAGCGAGGCGCACAUGGACCUGACCACGAGUCACACUGCCCACCUGGACUUGGCUCCUACAGAGAAGACCGUGAGAUUCAGCGCAAACGCUGGGGCCAUGGACACGACGCAGUGCCUGACCACCCGCAUCGAUGUCGCCCUGAGGAAAGGAAGUCAGUUCGGAGGAGAGCGAACUGUGCGAUUCUGCGCCGAGGAUGCCGCCAUGGAGAUGACCCGGAGUCAUACUGCCAGCAUCGCGUCCCACCUCCCACACCUCAGCGUGCCGCUCGGGCCCUGCGCUGGAGAGAAAACCGUCCGCUUCAACACUAAUGGCGCAGAGAUGGACUUGACCAAGAGCCACACGGUUCACAUCCAUGACUAUUUAGCUCCACAGAAGCGCCAGAGCAGGGAGCUGCUGCUACCUGGAGGAGAGAAAACCAUUCGGUUCCAAGCUCAAGACGCUGAUAUGGACCUCACCAGGUGUUGCACCAUGAACGUGGCUGCUUGUCUUGGCAGAGAAGCACAGCAGAAUCUGAACUUCUGGAGUGGAGACAAGACUGUGAGGUUCCAGGACGCAGCCAUGGACGUGACCAAGAAUCACACCGUCUGGAUUGAGGCUCAGCAGGACCUCAAUUGGAGGCCUUCAGAUCCAGAGCCCUCAGACCGAGCCGUGGGACUCCAGUCCAGUGGAGCAGCUAUGGAUGUGGCCAACAUCGCUGCAGAGCUGGAACCAGGAUGUGAAGAGCUCUCAGCGGGCGGCGCAGAGAAGACGCUGAGGUUCCAGGACGCUGCCAUGGACAUGACCAAGAAUCACACCGUCUGGAUUGAGGCUCAGCAGGACCUCAAUUGGAGGCCAUCAGAUCCAGAGGCCUCAGACCGAGCCGUGGGACUCCAGUCCUGUGGAGCAGCAAUGGAUGUGACCAACAUCGUUGCAGAGCUGGAACCAGGAAGUGAAGAGCUCUCAGCGGGCGGCGCAGAGAAGACGCUGAGGUUCCAGGACACUGCCAUGGACAUGACCAGAAAUCACACCGUGAACAUCCUUGCCUCUGAAGACGAGGCUGCCACUCGCUCGGGCAGUGCCGUCCUUGCUUCCCACGUGGAGCCACAGAGCCAUCAAAGCACCCUGCAAGAACCAAGCCAGCCAUCACCUGAGGCCAGCAACAGCAGCAGCAGCCAGGGCCAGGUCUCUGGAAGCAGAUCUUUGUCAGCGCUCCACUCGGGAACGGGCCGGGACAUCGUCCGGGGUCAGCGUCCGAGCGGCAGGUGGUGUCACGCUCCUGCAGAGCCACCUGAGCUGGACGUGAGCGAUGCACACGGCGCUGUGGAGACCACCACUCAUGGGUCCACAGCUGAUGGUGAGAAGGAUCCAGACGAGCUGCAGAGUGGAGGCACUGUGCUGAAGAGCUCCUGUCAGGAUGACGAUGAGGUCUCUCCACCUGCUCGCAAGUCCAGAAGAAUGAGUCUGACCGACCUCCAGAGCAAGGUCCGGCGGCUGAGCCACCUCAUCAGCACAGCUCCCAGAUGUCCUCCUGUUCCUGACCUGGACCCUGACGACAGGUGCGAGGACAAACACCCAGAAGACGGACCUGAGGAUGAGGAUGGAAGCCAGGCUCGCACCGAAGAGCCACGCCUCAAUCCUGUGACGCCGUUGAACCUGAGGAGCAACGCGCUGAUGUCCAGACUCUCCGUGGGCAGCAUCAAGCCCAAGCUGCCCUCCAGAGGCAAAGCCCUGGAUGAGAGGCCGAGCGUGGACCUGGCCAGUGAAGGCCGACUCCACCCACUGGAUCGCGACGUAAGCUACAUCAAGGACGAAGAGCUUGGAAGCUACGAGGAGGUGUCUGAAACGCUGGACAUGUCGAGUCCUCCCCGCGCCCCCGAGAUGAGCAGUCCCCCGGAGAUAUACGGCUGGGACCUGGACCCGGACCUGGACUUGGACGCGCUGGCAGACCUGGCCUUCGCGCCUCACAGGAAGAAAAGAGGUUCGCUCCCAGACGCAGGAGCAGCUGAGGAGACGAGACCAAAGCCUGAGGUGGACGCCAUGGAUGCCCGAGCUGUCAGCCAGGCUGCAGGCUCCUCGCCCCCGGCCCCCAGCGUGGCCCCCCAGCCCGUGGACACCUGUGAGGCCACCUUUGAAACCACUCUGGACUGCACCAGCGACGUGUCCAAGAAACUGGAGAACCCCUGCAUCACCGUGUCCCACUUCCUGAAGCUCUUCAACAUCGACUUUGUCAUCCACAAGCCUCGGCAGAGCGUCCCGGGCAACCAGCAGCGCAGCGAGGACUCCACAGAGAUGCAGUUGCUGAAGGACAGACACCUGCUGCUGCCCAGGCAGAGGGUGUACGAGCGGGAGGAGCGGCGCCUGGCGGAGAGGCUGGAGGAGUUGAAGGUGAGGAAGGAGGACUUGGGCCGGCCUCUGAGGAUGGUGAAUCCAGGCUUGUGGACGGAGAUGAAGACCCUCUCGGAGCCGGAGCUCCAGGGCUUUGGCGUCAAGCUGAAGGAGAGGCAUCGUUUCUUCUCAAAGCUGAGCAAAGAGAUGUUCCACCAGAAGAAGGAGGCGCUGUACAUGGAGCUCCUCCAAGCUCAGGAGGAGCAAGACGUGGUGGUGAGGCGCAGCCUGGCGGAGGCUGAGCAGGUGCUCGGCGGCCUGGACCAGUGCGUCGCUCAGGUGCAAGCAGAGCUCGCUGCCCUGGACCGGACCUCUUCAGGAUCUCUGCAGGAAGAGCUGCAGUCGCUGGAGCGGAGUCUGGAGCAGAAGAGCAGGCUCCAGUGUGAGGCGGAGACGUGCCGCGCCCGCAGCGCCAGCACGAUGGAGCGCCUGAAGGUGGAGGCCCAUACCCUGCACAGCCAGCUGGAGCUGCUCCAUCAGCUGAGCGAGUGGAGGAUGGAGCUGCGGCCAGCCGGCCGCACGCUCUUCACCUUCCUGCACGGGACCCUGCAGCUGGAGGUCACACACCAGGAUGGUGAGGAGGAGGAGAAGCUGGCUGACAUCAGCGCCACGCUGCAGCUGGACGAGGAGCGCUCGCAGGACCACGCCCGCCUGGUCCACCUCCUGCUCUCGCAGCAUCUGCAGACCCAGACCCGGUCCUGGCUGGACCGCUACCCGACGCGGGCCCAUGUCCCCAAGCUGCUGCUGGACUUGGGCCUGGUGGUGAGCCGCUGCCGUCUGCUGGGCGAGGAGCUGCGCCUGCUGAGGGCGUGGGGCGCGCUGAGGCUGGACAUCCUGGACAUCUGCUGCCGCCAGGGCCGGGUUCACAUCCUCUUCAGUAGUCUGAAGACCUUCUCCAAGUUCGAGGUGGUCUUGUCGGCAAGUGUGGUGGACGGCGUCUGCAUGCUCCAGCUCUUCAGUUUCAGGAACCUGAUCGGACGCACCAGCCUGAGCCAGGUCAGCCAGAUCGUGGCGUCCGCGAGUCCAGGCAGGAAGCUGCUGACCCGGAUCGUCAAGAAGAUCCACCAGGAUCUGCUGUCCUGAAGCCUCCACGCUUGCCCCGCCCCCAGCUCCACCUCCCGCCGCCUGCCUUCGCCACAGACUCCUUUAAAUGUUCUCAGCAUUGAAGCGCAGGUGUUGGUGCGGCACACACACACACACACACACACGCUUGUCCUGGUGAGGACCUCUCAUGGCCAGGAAGAGUCUCUUUCUCUCUCUCUCUCUUUCACAAACACACCUGAUAUUUAAGAGGUAAACUGAAGCACAUGCGCGGCAAACUAAGUCGCAAAACUCGUCUGUCACGUCACGUGUUAGAAGCUCCCUCAGAUGAGGUCCCCAAUCUUGGGUGUAAUACUGGACUUGACCUGCAGGCGGCGCCCGUCGUCUAGCGUGGCGCUCCUCCGGACUUUCCUGUGAAGAUCCCGCGCUGUUCGACAAUAAACAU